UCUCACUCACACACACCACAGCAAAAAAAACAGAGGAAAAUAAACAAAGAAGGGAAAUCUCUCUCUCUCUGUCUCUUCAUCUCUCAUUCUUUCUUAGCUUCGCAACAAUGGCGGACGAGGUGAUUCUGCUUGAUUUCUGGCCGAGCAUGUUCGGUAUGAGGACGAGAAUCGCUCUGGCUGAAAAGGGAAUCAAGUACGAGUACAGAGAAGAAGAUCUGAGGAACAAGAGCCAACUGCUCCUGCAGAUGAACCCGGUUCACAGGAAAAUCCCGGUUCUCAUCCACAACGGUAAACCGGUUUGCGAGUCUCUGAUCCAGGUUCAGUACAUCGACGAGGUUUGGUCGGAUAAAGCCCCGAUCUUGCCCUCCGAUCCUUAUCAGAGAGCUCAGGCCAGGUUCUGGGCUGAUUACGUCGACAAGAAGAUGUACGAUCCAGCGAGGAGAAUCUGGGCGACGAAAGGGGAGGAGCAAGAGGCGGCGAAGAAGGAGUUCUUGGAAAUACUCAAGACGCUCGAGUCGGAGCUAGGAGAGAAGCCGUACUUUGGCGGGGACGAGUUCGGGUAUGUGGACAUUUCCCUGAUCGGAUUCUACACAUGGUUCCAAGCCUACGAGAAAUUCGGAAACUUCAGCAUAGAAGCUGGGUGCCCAAAACUGAUAGGAUGGGCCAAGAGGUGCCUGCAGAGAGAGAGCGUGGCUAAGUCGCUCCCCGAACCUGAGAAGGUCACCGGGUUCGUGGCCGAGCUCAGGAAGAAAUUCGUGGCCGAGUAGAGAGAGACGGGCUCGUGAGAUCGGUCUUUAGGGCAAAGGGUUCGAUCUCGAUCAGGUUAUAUACGAACUGCUUGCGUUCUGUGUUCCGUGUCUUGUCUGUGCGUCUUCUGAAUAACAACCAAGUAUAUGUUAAAAAAGCGUGUCUCUCUCUUACAAAACCUUAGAUGGUUUCAUUAGAGCGUUUUCACGCGUAUUGCGUUUUCGAUGUGAUGAUGUUUGUGUUGUUUCGUUUCGAUGUUCAUGCUAAUAAAUUCAACGUUUUGGGUUUGUUCGUACA